AUGGCGAAGUCUUUGCCAUGGUGGGGAGUCGCGGCAUUCUUGCUUGUCGCGAUGGACUUCGACAACAUCGACAUCGAAGAUGUCAUCGGAGCCAGUGUCACCCAACGAGAUGUCGAACCGGAGUUCUUCGAGGAGACAGCUAGGAGAUUGGCCGAAGAAGGAUGGUACAAGCCAGAUCCAGACGAGUUCGACUUUUCAGCAACUUCUCCACCCAGCGAGUUCCAUUCAACUACUCAGCCCAGCGGGCUCCACUCCGAGGACGGCGAGAAGAUCGUGGAGGGCACAACUAACCUUACCGUGAAGAAUGUUAAGCUGAUGAGACACGGUAGCCUGGUGCUUCCGUUCCAAUCGCCGGCGCAGAUCUUAGCGAACCACUCGCUCCAGGUGACCGUGCCAUGCCUGGAUUUCUUUACUUUCCAGCUGAUUACGCCUUGUGGCAACUUGACCUUGCCGAGAGAAGGCAUCCAAUUCAGCACAGCCUUUGGAAAGUAUACGAUGCCUGGCGCUGACUUCCUCCAACCCUCGCUCAGAAAGACAGAAAGGGAGUUGAGUCAAUACACCGUGCUCUUCAUCGUGCUGGCAGUUGUGGGUUGGUUCUGCUACACCUUCUUGAUCAAAUCGAACCGAGAGAAGUUUUUCUAUAGGAUGCGAGAGAUAUGUUCGGGAAGGCUCAUCUACCACGACCAUGAAGAUGACGAAGAUGAUGAGGAGGAUCCGAAGAACCCCCUUCACCACGACGAGCAGAAGGCACGUUUGGACCCCAUGUCGCCCGAGUUCAUCGCCCCUGGCAACAUUUACCGCUUGCUCGCGGUCCUGCAUCCCGGUAUCAUCGGGUUCAGGGCCUGGGGUGGGUAUGCAUUCAGGGCUGCCAUCGUUGCUUACAUGCAGCUUUGGAUGCCCUUCCAAAUUAUCACCAACACGUUCAAGCGGUGGCACUGGCUGGGCAUCAAGUCUCCCCUGUGGUUCCUCGCCAAUGCGGGCACCUUCGUUGCCAUGGUCACUGCAUUGGGCUCCCUUUGCGGAAUGUUCGCCGCCAGGUGCACCGCACACAUCUAUCGAGGCGCAGAGGCCAACAUCUACAUUCUCUCGCAUUACAACCCAGGGGAGAACGAUAGCAAACGGUCGUCCAUCCGAUCAUCGGUGUCGUCUCAGCAGUCUCCCCUUCAUUUGGAUCACUUGGAGGCUUCUAAUUCUAUCCCUUCUCUCACCGGUGCCUCGUCACUUCAACGCAUGGCCCGUGUGGCAGGGGCGCAGGAGACGCUGGACGGGGCCUACACGACGAUCAACGAAGGCAUCGGUACUGCCACCGGUACUGUCAACAAGGGCAUCGAUACGGUCAACAAGGGCAUCAAUCAGGCCUAUGCCACAUAUUCGCGAAUUGAGAAGCCCAGAUUCUCUCGCUGGGCUAUUGACUUCAACGAGUUCAUUUGGUGCAACGUGGCGAUGGGAUUGAAUGUCUUGAUGUCUGUGAUGCUUGAGUUCUGCAUGUUCUUGAAGGUGGCCACCUACACCGGACGAAUUGGCAACGUGGCUAUGACGGCGGUAUCUCUCUACUUCAUCUUCGACCUCGACGACAGGGUCAUGGAGGCCGAUCCGAAGCUACGACAAAAAUACCGUCGGGCUGUUGCUGCACAAACCGAACCCAAGCUCAAGGAACAUCAUCCUUGGAUGAUACCAACGAUCGCCAGCCUGUCGGCGGCUUUCGUGAACCUCACUGUGCCCCUUGGUCUUAUCGGCAUCGUGCUGAUCGCCUGGAAGCGUGAGAAAGAUGGCUUUGUCAUUGGCGGGGAUGGCCUCACUACAGUUUGA